AUGCUCGCCUUCCUACCUCUAUUGCUGGCAUUCAGCAGCUUCGCCACAUCGGCAGCUAUUCCAUCGUUCUCAAUCCCAAGCGUCCGAGACUCCUCCGUACCACAAUCAGCGGGGGAGUCCACCGAUUUGUCUCGGGUAUCUGCCCAAUCAGCCAACAAGAACGCGGAAGCUCAUGAUUUCCCCCAAAGAACUCCCUACUACUUUCCCGAAACCAUGCCCGACAACGAUGAAAUUGCCGAAAGACUGACUGCCCUCCGCGAAGCUGGCUUCACCGGCGCGGCGGCAUCCGAAAAAGGAAGCGAAACACCUGUGCACCAAAAUCAGGCACAUGAUCAACCUCAGCAGUCAAUCGACACGCCGGAUGUUACAACGAUCGACACUGCUCGUGCACGGAUGCUUAUUCUUCCUGAUCGGGAGUCGAGUGCCGAGCUGGACCAGUCGCUGGAGAGCUCGUAUUCUCCACGUACUGCGCAUGAAAUUCAGAACGGCCCUGUGAUUAGCCAGGCUCUUCGAAUCGACUGGGUCAUCUCUGAAGCCCCAAUCCUCAUCGCUACACCCCCAAUUAUACCAUCCAUGAUGUUCUUGCUCUUCAUCGCUGCUAUCCUGUGCAUUGCCACUGUGGUCCGCGGUGUACGUCAUCAACGCUGA